AUGCCUUCAAAUUUGAAAAGACCAUUCUCUGAGACGAGCUCUGAGAACUUAUCUCAACGUCCCACUAAGCUGUCGCGUUUAUCUAAGACGCUUGCUAAUAUUUGGGGAUUGGGAGAAAAUGUGGUUCAGAAAAUACGUAAGAGUAUUCAGGAAAAAUCAAACCUGAAACAACACACACAAUCACUUGAACCUUUGUCUUCAUCUUCUCGGUCAAAUAUCAUACAAUCGCCUAUUAAGGCAAGUGAGCUUGCGGAAUACUACGAAAAGGUGAAACAGGAGAAUAGUAAACUAUACUCACAACUACACGGAAAAACGAAGGACACAAUAGAGGAAAAUGCUGGAUUAGGUUCAGAUGCGAAAUCAAACACCAUAAAUGAGUUUCAACCAGCCGAAUCAACGCAGCUUGAUGGCUCGUCUAUCAGCAAUGUACACUCUAAAACGUUUGACUCUGCAUUGGAUUCAGCGAAGUCCCAAAGUGAAAACAAGGCAAAAUCAAAUAGCUCUGCAGUUAUAAAAGCAUCUUCACGUUCACAUAGACUGACAUUCGGUAUAGAUCCUGUUGAGAGAGCUCAACUUAUUCAAUUAAAGCGAAGAAUGCAAGCGGAUCGUUACAGGAGAACACGCGAAAAAUACCUACGAAGUCACACACAGCAUUUGAGACAUGUAACAGCAUCUUCUUCUGACACACAAUUGGUUGGUGCAGGUGCAAAUACUAAAGGUAAAAAAUCCAGCCUUGAUCAGAAAUUGGCAGGCAGCGUUACGGAAACAAUAGACUCAAUUCCUAAAAGUAAGCGGAAUACCCGUGGUAUUUUUACUCUUCAAAUGGCCUAUAACAUGCCUUCGGAUGAUGAGUCGGAUGGUGAUUCUGAGCUGGCCUUGCCACAGACUAAGCCAGUUGCCUCUAAGUUAAAGUUUCCAGCCAAUGGAAAGAAGAGUAAAUUCAAUAUUGGUGAGAAAAAGAAGCAUGCUUUGGACUUGCCAGAAUCGAGCAAAAAGAUUGAGGAACCGAAGAUUAAAAAACAUAUUGUUAGUCCAGCACUCAAGCCAACUGCUGCUUUUAGCUUUGGCCAGCAUUCGAAUAAAUCGAUGCCUAAAGUUGUGCCUGCGGAUUCAAAAAAGCAUCACGUUUCAAUAGAAGAUAUGCCAGACUCAGGGCACCAUUCGAUGCCAUCUGUUCCAACUGCAAAAGCAUUUACAUUUUCUGCCACUCCUGGAGGAAAGAAAUCAGUACCAGCUUUCUCGUUUGGCAAGAAAGCAGAAAGUGGAGUCGAUUCCUCAACCGCAAAACAGCCAGCUUUCUCGUUUACACCUUCUGUUAAGCCAUUAAAUGAUGCCAGCAAAAAUAAACCAUCUAUGCCAGCAUUCUCGUUUGCUCCAAAGAAAGAACAGGGAAAAGAAACGAAGGAAAAGCCCUCAUUCACAUUUAGAGUUAAGAAGGAGGAAAAUUCAGCACCUGCUUUUGGAGCCAAAAAAGAGGUAACUUCAGCACCUGCUUUUGGAGCCAAAAAAGAGGUAACUUCAGCACCUGCUUUUUCAUUUGGUUCCAAAAAAGGUGAGGAGCCCGCUCACACAGAUAAUGCGCCGGCAUUUAAAUUUAGUGCAAAGCCUGCACCUGCUAGCGAUUCAAAUGCUACUUUCUCGUUCGGUAAAAAGACCGGCACGGAUUUGAGUAAAAGUAGUAAGCCGGCAGUCUUCUCCUUUGGUAGUACUAAGCAGUCUGAUAAGCAUGAGGAGAAAAAGGAAGGUGCUACAAGCUCUGCUUUCAAAUUUGGACAGGCUGCUGCUUCUACAACUCUUCCAUCCAAAGCCGCGUUCAGUUUCAAUCCGUCAUCCCAACAUGAAAAAAAGAGUGAAGCAGGAACAACUAAUGAAUUGCCAAAAGGGCCUUCAAAAAGUGAUAAAAGCCAGCCUUCAUCUUCCUCCACUACAGCAUUCUCGUUUGGAAAUUCUGGACCAUCAAAGGUUACAGACUCAAAACAACCAUCCACUUCUCCCGUGCCGGCAUUUAACUUUUCUUCAAAUGCAAACUCAUCUGCUGGUUUGACUGCUCCGGCAAAGUUCAGUUUCAAACCGCCUAAUCAAAAUGCAACUGGACCUGCAUCAUCAUCUCCUGCCUUCUCCUUUAAUGCAAAGCCGCAAACUGCUGCAGAUGGUAAAGCAUCGACGAGCAAGCCUGCUUUUUCGUUUAAUUCCUCAGUGAAACCAGAUUCUACCAAGGUUGAGACAAAUGCCAAUGGCUUUGCUGAACCCCAGGAUAGGAAGCGUGUUCACAUUAACACUUCCAAUAACGCUUCCAACCCUCCUGUCUUUAAUUUGGAUGCUUCAAAGAUAUCUUCUGUCGCCUCUGGUGGCAAUGUUUCCGACAAGCCUGCGUCUGGUACUGGAUCGAAAACGCCUGGCUUCACAUUUGGAAAUCCACAUGCAUCUUCUGGAUUCGGAACAGCUACUUCCUCUUCAUUUGGUGCAUCCAAGCCUGCUGUAGGUGCUCAGUCUUCGUUUGUGCCAGCUGCUGCAAAAAGUAAUACGGGUGGUGGCAAUAUUAAUGGUGCAAGCAGCAAUUCAAAGGGACCUGCAUUUACGUUUGGCACUAAGCCGGCUGCUAAUAACGACUUCACCAAAAAUAGCAGUGUUCCACCAUCUUUUGGCUCCUCACAGAAUAACGCCGGAUCGAAUUCCAGCAGCGGAUUUUCGUCUGGAUUCAACUUCAAGCAAUCUUCCGGCUUCGGUACUGGUGGUGGUUUUGGACAGCGUGCAAGUUCGAAUCCACCCCAAAGCACGACUUUCGGAAAUAGUGCAAAUGGUUCUUCGACUGUUUUUGGUCAGAAUUCUAAGAGUGGAACCGGAUUUGGCGGAUUUGGUACAAAUGCAGGAAAUCAGCCGGUUCCAAAUGCAUUCGGUGGAAGUAGUAAUAAUAAUAAUAGCAACAGUGGUAAUGCAUUUGGAGGAAAUGGUAGUAACAACAACAAUUCUGGGUCUGGCAUGUUCAAUUUGAACAACAAUGCUUUCCCAAGUCUGCCUCCUUCUCAUAUACAACAACAGCAACAACCACAACAGCAGCAACAACAAAAUAACCAGAACGGCUUUGGGGGCUUUAGUGGGCAAGGGUUUGGCUCAUCUCAGAAUAAUCCAAAUGCGUCCUUUAAUUUCAACAUGUCCUCAACGCCUGACUUUAAUUUUGCCGGAAAUAACGCGAAUAAGGAUCCCUCAGCAAUAUUCAGCGGUCCACCAGUGCAACCAAUGCCUAGAAGAGCUAGAAGAAAGCUGGCUCCUCGUCCACUUAGACGCCAUUAA